CAACGCCGUAUAAACUUAUAACAACUGAAGCCGGGAUUAUACAUCGAUAACAGUGCUUUGACGUACGCUAAAUUGGACAGAAACUUGAGUUAAUACAAAGGUUCCGUAGAGGAAGGAUGCAGCAUAGUGAGGCAAAUCUUGUAAGCCUUUUGCUGGUGAGUGUGGCAAUGGGUGUAGCUCAAUGUGCGGAUUCGCCCAGCCAGCCAAAUAUCGUUUUUGUGUUGACAGACGAUCAGGAUGUCACCAUGGGAGGAGAGACGCCGAUGGUUAAGACAAAGAAGCUCAUUGGAGAUCAAGGAAUCGUAUUUAAAAAUAUGUUCACAGUGAGCCCACUUUGCUGUCCCAGUCGGUCAAGCAUCCUGAGCGGACGUUACGUUCACAACCACGGCGCCGUUAACAACUCCGUUGAAGGUGGUUGUAACGGCGAGGGGUGGCGCGGGGAUGAGGAGUACAUGUUCCCUCCAAGACUCCAGUUCCGCGGUUAUACCACUUUCUUCGCAGGAAAAUAUCUCAACCAGUACGGUAUGCCAGAUGCAGGAGGUGUUGAACAUGUUCCCUCGGGCUGGGACUUCUGGAACGGCCUGGUUGGUAACUCCAAAUACUACGACUACAGUUUGUCUGUGAACGGCACGGAAGAGAAACAUCAGGCAGAUUAUGAAAAGGACUACCUCACCGACCUAAUUCGCCGGCGCGGCAUAGACUUCCUAGAGAAACGGAAUAAAUCGGCGCCGUUUUUUAUGAUGUUGUCCACCCCUGCCUGUCACGGCCCCGACACCCCUGCCCCACAGUACAACACCUCAUUUCCGGAGCAGAUGUCGCCCCGGGAAGGCAGUUACAACGUCAGAGGAAAGGACAAGCACUGGCUGAUAAGACAAACGGUUGUACCUAUGCCAAAUGACACUGUAGCAAGUUCCGAUAACAUUUUCAGAAGGAGGUGGCGGACCUUGUUGUCCGUUGAUGAUAUGGUGGAAGAAGUUGUUCAGACUUUGGAGCGUCAGGGCGCCCUCGAUAACACAUACAUCUUCUUCUCCUCAGACAACGGCUUCCAUCUUGGUCAGUUCGGGUUGCCAGUUGACAAGAGGCAGCUGUACGAGUUUGACAUCCGGGUCCCGCUGAUGGUCCGGGGGCCAGGAAUCAAGCCUAAUCAGACGUCAGAUAUGUUGGUGGCAAACAUCGACCUGGCGCCCACGUUCAUGGAGCUGGCGCUUAACUACACCAUCUACCUGGACGGCAUUUCCCUCAAGGCGGUUCUACAUCCGGGGUCCGGACCCAUCCCCUACAGGGACACGCUGCUCAUAGAACACUACGGGGAACACACGGAUACGAUGAAGGCCUGUCCGAAGUUUGAUAACCAAGACUUGUCAAAUUGUAACAACCAUUGUGUGUGCGAGGACAGUCUGAACAACACUUUCUCGUGCAUGCUGCAGCGCUCUCCGGGCAAGAUGCUUAAGGUCUGCCAGCUACAGGAUGAUGAGGACUUUGUGGAGAUCUACGACACGUUUACGGACCCCUACGAGUUCAAUAACCUGGCGCCAUCCAUGGAGGUGUCGCGGCUGGCGGCGCUCCGGAAACAGUUACAGCAACUGGUGGACUGUGAGGGGAGCGCGUGCUAUACUGUCACACAUUGACACUGUGACAUUGAAAAUUAAUUUAAUUCAUCAACUGCAAAUCUUGAAUAUUGCCUUAUCUUGUCUUAAGCUGUACUAUCAUAUCAUUUAAAGCAUUUUAAACAUGUACUUGUCUUUGAAAAUAUACAUAUUUAAUGUGGUAAUUGUAUAAAGAAACUGUGUCAAAUAUGUGACUUAACUGAUGUGUACAAAGAUAUAUUGUGGAUUUAUAUAUACAUGUUAAUACACAUGAUAUAUUUGAAAAAGACUUGUUCAAGGUUCGGUUUUGCUUAUGAAGCUAACAUACUAUCUUUGAGUGAGACUGAUACUGAAGAAAGUAAAUGUUUGAAUUAAUCACUACCGAAGACACAAAACAAUAAUGGCCAGCCAUUUGAAAUAUAUGAAGCAAUUUACAAUACUAGUAUCUUAAGACACAGGAAGUUGUUAUGUGGCUGGGUCAUCAGUGUUUAUUACUAAAACAAAUAGUUGCAGUAUUUAUGAACUGUACAGCCCAUUCUUCAACCCUUCCAUAGAAAUCUCUAUGACAAUUACUAGUGCUAGCAUUCAGCAUAAAAAUGAAUA